AUGGCCUUCAAGAACGGGCUGAGUGAACGCCUCGACGAGCUGCGCUUCCCGUCUCCUCGAUCUCCGCCCUCGGAGUCGACCUUCCCCGGCUACACCUCGCUCUCACCGGGCCAUUCGAAUAUCGUGUCGCCUUUUUCGCGGCCAUCGGGCGAUGUGCGUGCCAAUUUGCAGCGGCGCUUCACCACGGACUCGAGUAAAUUUUCCUCGCCAUGGAAUUCACUGAACCAGGGAGCGCCUCAGAUGCCGGAUCCGCUGGACCUGUUGUCUUCGUUCGAAAAGAAGCGUCAGCACAUCGAGUACAUGCGUGAGCAGAAGCGACGCUUCGAAGAAGACAUGAAACUGCUGGACAUGCAGCAUGAGAAAGAGAAGCAGGAGAUGGACCAGCUGGCCCGGGACCUCGCCAAGGCUGGUGUGUCUGGGCCCGUCAGCGAGCCCACCACCCCGCCGGAGUAUCGCGAGAGCGCCGUGUCCAGUGCCUUUUCGCGGCCCUCCCGCUUCUCGACCUCCAGCGUGACCUCGUCUCCCGGCUUCUUCAACGCCUUUGCUUCGUCGCAACUGACGUCGCCCCAAGCUUCUUCCCACACCACUCACCACUCGGUGGAUCGUUUCGCGGGUCACUCACUUCCUGGCUCGCGGCGCAACUCAGAGAAGGAGGAUUUUAUCCCGGAAACGGUUGCAAGCUUCCGCCCAGGACCGUCCAUCCACCGCUACUCGCUGCCUUCCAACAACUACAAUAACCAGCUGCGCCAUAAUGUGCCUGGUUUCAACAUGACCUCUGCUGCCGACUCGUUCGCUGCGACCAAGUAUCUCUUUCAUAAUGACGACGACAAGUCCCCUUUGAAGGACGAGGAUCGCAUGCCCACCCCGGACAUCAAGAGUUACAUCAAGUUGACAGAGCCGGAUGACAAGUUCCCCACUCUUUUGCGUCGUGGUGGUUCGAAUCUGCUUUCUGCAAACCCGGAUGCUUUGGAUCUGGCCAACUCUCGUACUCCUGGCCCCGACGCGUACAACUCCCACAAUCGGCACCGGCUCUCUCAUCAGAGUAUGCCGCAGAAUGUGCCGGGGAUUAUGCGUGUGGAUCAGCUGGGCAGCCCGACCGCAGAAGACCAUGGCAAUGCGCACACCUCGCGUCACACUGCUCGCCACUCUCUGGAGGGAAGUCUGGUGUACAACAAUGAUCGUGGCAACGACGCCAUCACCUCUGGGCCCUCGACCCGUCCCACCUCGCUGCAGUCUUCUUACUCAACCAACGAUCUUCCUACGGUGAAGGGUAGUAGCUUCAACAACGCGAUCACUCCUCCCAAGACACACGCUGAGCACAUCCACCAACACAAUGCCAGCAUGGGACGCAUUCCCGCCGGCGCCGUCAACAGUCGCCAGCGGAAGGAGUCACCCGAGGCCGACGAGACCGCUCUUCAGAGCCCGAACUCGCCGCAGUCCAUUCUCCAGGCGAGUGCCGCACCGUUCGGUCCCCAGUUGACCUCGUCGGCUACUUCCAAUGGCGGCCUCACUGGUUCUGUUGGCCCAUCUGGACUGCCCCCAUUCCAAGCCCCCAUCUACGGCUAUGGAAUUCCGUAUGUCGGACCUCCUGGUCAGCUGAACAACCAGAUUCCGGGUUUCCCAACCGCGGGUGCCUACGGCGGAUACCCUAACUACAACGGCGGAUAUCGUUUCACUGAGGGUGUGGGCCGUGGUGCUGCUCCCCAGCGUCGCCAGGGUGAGAGCGAUUCCACGCAACUCACUCGCUUCGCCAACUACCCUCUGGAGCAUUACAAGGGCGAACUGUACACUCUGUGUAAGGACCAGCACGGGUGCCGCUAUCUGCAGCGCAAACUGGAGGAGCGCACCCCGGAGCAUGUGCAGCUGAUCUUUAGCGAAACUUAUAUGCACGUCAUCGAGCUUAUGACAGAUCCAUUUGGCAACUACCUGUGCCAGAAGCUCCUUGAGUACUCGAACGACGAACAGCGCACGGCUCUUAUUGAUCAUGCUGCUCCCCAGCUGGUCAAGAUUGCUCUCAACCAGCACGGAACUCGGGCUCUGCAGAAGAUGAUCGAAUUCAUCUCGACUGCGGAGCAGAUCCAGACUGUCAUCCGCGCGCUCGAGCACCAUGUUGUGGAGCUGGUCCAGGACCUGAAUGGCAACCAUGUCAUCCAGAAAUGCCUCAAUCGUCUGUCGCCAGAAGAUGCUGAGUUCAUCUACCAGGCCGUUGGCGCCAACUGCGUCGUCGUCGGCACUCAUCGCCAUGGAUGCUGCGUUCUUCAGCGCUGCAUUGACCAUGCUUCGGGUGCUCAGAAGGCUCAUCUCAUUGCGCAAAUCACGGCGAACUCCUUUGCCCUGGUCCAGGAUCCCUUUGGCAACUACGUCGUGCAGUACAUCUUGGAUCUUGCCGAGCCUCACUUCACCAACCCGCUCUGCCAGACGUUUGGAGGCAACAUUUCGUCGUUGUCCAAGCAGAAAUUCAGCUCGAAUGUGAUCGAGAAAUGUCUGCGCACUGCUGAUCCUCUUAUCCGACGUGAGAUGAUCGAUGAGAUGCUGUCUGGCAACGAGCUGGAGAAGAUGCUGCGCGAUUCCUUUGCCAAUUACGUCGUGCAGACUGCCAUGGACUUUGCGGAUCCGGACACUCGUAACCGAAUCGUGGAAUCCGUUCGCCCGAUCCUCCCUUCGAUCCGUCAGACCCCGCAUGGGCGUCGCAUCGCCGGCAAGAUGAUGGCUUCUGAGAACUCCGGCAGGGGAAGCGCCACGACCAGUGGCCAGGCCACACCGAACGAGGUCCACACCACGCAGAUUUCAGGAUCGAUGCUCCAGAAGAACUUUGUGUACCAACAGCCAGGCGCUCCGGCCUCCAACGUUCCCAAUGGAUUCGGCCAGAACUUUAUUCCCGCUUCCUCGACCAGCUCCGCCUCCAACACACCUUCCGGUGGAAACAGUGAGACCUCGUCGAUCUUUAGCCCGUCCGCCACUCAGCCGACCACCAACCUCGGAGCGCAGAGCCAGCUCUAUGCCUAUUUUUGA